CCCAGCGAGCACCAGCCACCGCGCCACCGCUGCCGCCGCCACCGCUCAGCGAGCAUCGGCCGCUGUCCGCCACCCCGCCCGGCGAUGCCAGAGGUCCCCGCAGCUCGCGCCUGGCCUCUCCUGCUCCUGCUGGCUGUCCAGCUCGGCACAGCCGCCGGCGCUCCUCAGCCGUGGCACUGCGCUCCCUGCUCCGCUGAGAGGCUUGCGCUCUGCCCGCCCGUGCCUGCCUCGUGCCCGGAACCCUCCCGGCCCGCCGGCUGCGGCUGCUGCCCGACGUGCGCCCUGCCGCUGGGCGCCGCAUGCGGCGUGGCCACUGCGCGCUGCGCCCGCGGGCUCAGCUGCCGCGCGCUGCCUGGGGAGCCGCGGCCCCUGCACGCCCUCACCCGCGGCCAGGGCGCCUGCAUGCUCGUGCCCGACGCCGCGCCCAGCGCCGAGGCCACAGAUGCAAAGGGCCCGGCAGCCCCCGACAGCGUGCCCCCUGAGAGCACAGAGAUGACCCAGGAGCAGCUUCUAGACAGUUUCCACUUGAUGGCCCCAUCCAGCGAGGACCUGCCCAUCAUCUGGAACGCCAUCAGUAAUUACCGGAACAUGAGGUCUCGUGAGAUCUCUGACAUCAAAAAGUGGAAGGAGCCCUGCCAACGAGAACUCUACAAAGUGCUGGACAGAUUAGCCAAGGAGCAGCAGAAGGCAGGGGAUGAACUUUACAAAUUUUAUCUGCCGAACUGCAACAAGCAUGGAUUCUAUCACCCCAAACAGUGCGAGACGUCCCUGGAGGGAGAGGUGGGGCUCUGCUGGUGUGUCUACCCUUGGAGCGGGAAGAAGAUCCCAGGGUCUGUGGAGAUCAGAGGAGACCCCAAAUGCCAUCAGUAUUUCAACAUACAGAACUGAGAACAGGUGCAAUAUGAUCUAUUCCUUCACAUGAAAUAUUUAAGUAUAUAGUAUAUUUAUACAGUAGCAUACACACACACUUUUAUAUAUAUAUAUGUAUAUGUAUAUAUAUAUAUACAUAUAUAGGAACUACUUUUUAUACUCCACAUAUUACUUGACAUAUAAAGCUGUAGUUUAUUUAUUCACUCUAAGUUUAUUUUUUUCUACACAGUAACUUGUGCUAUAUUAAUUUAUAUAUCAUGAAAUACUUCACAUCACCUUGUAUGUAAAUAUUUGUAUUUUAGCUCUUCAAAGGUUCAUGCUUCUGUUUUUAAAGAGCAUGGGAAAAUAGUGCCUAGAAAAUAAAAAAAUCAAAUGUGUAGCAGUGAUUUUUUCAAGUGGCUUAACAGAAGAUGGUUAAGCCAAGCUUAAGAAUGAUUCAGUCUGUAUAUUCCAUGGAUCUGAGUUUGGGGUAAAUUUCAAGGGAAAGUUAAAUGUUGAUUAUAUAAUCAAAGCUAGAUGUGGUGAUGUUGCUACAUGUUAAAAUAUGCAUUGGAUAUAUCGUCAAACACACUUGCACAAUGUAAACAUAUUCAGAAUAAAUAUUCCACGUGGGAACAUUUUU